AUGUGGGCGGUCGACAGUGGUGCAACGCACCACAUUUGCCACGACAAGACCAAGUUCGCAAGUUUGGCAGAGCGCAAUGAGGGCGAACUCUUGGUGGCUGAUGGCAACAAGGUGGCCAUCAAGGGUGUGGGAACCAUCAUGGAAAAGGUGGUUCUGCCCAACGGUGAAGAGCGUGAGAUCGAAAUCAAGAACGCGCUCUAUGUUCCAAGUAUGAGCAAGAACCUGCUCUCGGUGCCACAGAUUAACAGCCAUGGUAAGUUUCAAGUCGUGUUUGACGGGUCCAAGAUGUAUGUGACUCUCAAGAACUCACAGCAAGUGGUGGCGACAGCGGAUCUCGUGGAUGGCCUCUACUGGCUUCGUGCAUCCCAACGAUCGGUGAAUGCGGCUUUAGGACCAAGAGUCGAAAACCUUCAUGCGCGUGUGGGCCACGCACCGGUUGAUGUCUUGUGCAGAAUGGUCUCCAAGGGCAUGAUCAAGGAUGCCAAGAAGCCAACAAAAUCGAGCGGAUCAAGCGUGUGCCAAGGUUGUCUAGAAGGAAAAAUGGUUCAACGACCGUUCCCAAGCAAUCCAAACAAGCGCAACUACGAUCCGUUUGAGCUUCUACACAUCGACACUUUUGGUCCAAUGGAACGGAUGUAUGAAGGGUUUCAGUCUGCGCGCCAAUUCCGACAGCGAAUGUGCAUCAAGAAGUACAUCAUGGCAGUACAUACGCAGUUUGACUACAAGGUCAAGUUCAUUCGACACGAUGGUGCACGCGAAUUUGCGGCGAAUUCGCUCAAGGCAUUUUACGAUGAUCAAGAAAUCGAGCAGCAAGUUACCGUUCCGUAUGCACAUCAGACCAACGGCACGGCGGAACGGGCAAUUCGGACCAUUAUGACGAUCGGGCGCAGCAUGCUUCACUACGCCAAGCUGGACGAGUUUUUUUGGGCUGAAACAGCAACGACGGCGAUCUACAUCAAGAAUUGCCUACCAUCGCCCAAGUGCCAAGAUCAAACCCCGUUUGAGAGUGUCAACGGAUUUCGACCAAGUGUGAAGCUCAUGCGGGCUUUCGGCUGUGUUGCAUUGUAG